CCGAUUAAAAAGGGUGGAAGAGCAACUGGCCACUGGGGCGCAGGGAGCUGAGGAGGCGCCAGGGGCCAGGAGGCCGGCGGACGCUGCAGGCGGCGGGAGAGGAGGAAGGAACCCCGGAGCCUGUCCUCUGCUGAGCCACGAUGGGUGACUGGAGCUUCCUGGGAGAGUUCCUGGAGGAGGUGCACAAGCACUCCACGGUCAUCGGCAAGGUGUGGCUCACGGUGCUCUUCAUCUUCCGGAUGCUGGUGCUGGGCACGGCGGCCGAGUCCUCCUGGGGGGACGAGCAGGCCGACUUCCAGUGCGACACGAUCCAGCCGGGCUGCGAGAACGUGUGCUACGACCAGGCCUUCCCCAUCUCACACAUCCGCUUCUGGGUGCUGCAGAUCAUCUUCGUGUCCACGCCGUCGCUGCUGUACAUGGGCCACGCCAUGCACACGGUGCGCGUGCAGGAGAAGCGCCGGCUGCGUGAGGCCGAGCGGGCCAAGGAGGUGAGGGCCGCGGGCUACGAGUACCCGGCGGUGGCCGAGAAGCCAGAGCCCACCUGCUGGGAGGAGGCAAACGGCAGGAUCGUCCUGCAGGGCACGCUGCUCAACACCUACGUCUGCAGCAUCCUCAUCCGCACCGCCAUGGAGGUGGCCUUCAUCGUGGGCCAGUACCUGCUCUACGGCAUCUUCCUGGACACCCUCCACGUCUGCCGCCGCAGCCCCUGCCCGCACCCGGUCAACUGCUACGUGUCCCGGCCCACGGAGAAGAACGUCUUCAUCGUCUUCAUGCUGGCCGUGGCGGGCCUGUCCCUCUUCCUCAGCCUGGCCGAACUCUACCACCUGGGCUGGAAGAAGGUGCGGCAGCGCUUCUUCAAGCCGCCCCAAAGCCUGGCUGAGUGCCACCUCCCCGCGCCCUCGGCCAGCCUGGGCCAGGGGUGCACACCGCCCCCCGACUUCACCCAGUGCCUGGACGGCAGCCCCGAGGGCAAGUUCUUCAAUCCCUUCAGUAACAAGGUGGCGUCCCAGCAGAACACGCACAACCUGGCCACCGAGCAAGUCAGAGGCCAGGAGCAGGCGCCCGGGGAGGGCUUCAUUCACAUCCGCUAUGCCCAGAAGCCUGAGGUGCCCAACGAGGUGUCCCCAGACCACCGCUUGCCCCACGGCUACCAGAGCGACAAGCGCCGCCUCAGCAAGGCCAGCAGCAAGGCCAGGUCUGAUGACCUGUCGGUGUGACCCCAGGGUGUGGGGCAGCCAGGACUGGGCAGGGAGCUGUGUCCCUUCUGACCCCAUGUGCUCUCCUUCUCAUCACUUUUCUGCCCCCUUUAGGCCCCUGGGUCUUCAUUUAUUCCAGAAGCUAGACCAGGGCUCUGCACUGCAGUCAGAGACUUGGGGACCCACCGGGGCUGCUGCCUCUCCCACACGCUCCACCCCGCCGCCCAGUGAGGCCUUCUAGAACACUCCCGGGCCGGGUGAGAGAAGGGGAGACCUAGGGCACCUCAGGCCAGAGGAACAGCCAGCUCCACACACCAGUCAUGUCCGCGUGGGUUCUCCGAGUCCCUGUGGCUUCCCCCACCCGGUGCCCGUCCUCCCUCAGGGAAGACCCAGGGUUCCAGGUCAAUACUGAGCAGGAAUUAAGGAACUUGCGUUGGGCGUGCAGGUGAGUCCGCUGUCUCCCUGGGCCACACCUGGGGUGGCAUGAGUCACCUUAGGCUGCCCUGCCCCGUUUUAUGUAAAGAGAGGUCCUUGGAACACGACAAGCAGCCUCGCCAAGCAGCCUCGCCUUUGCAGCAAAGCAGCACUGGGGAUGUUGCAGCCUUUCCUCCCACCAGGACGCCAGCCCCCUGGGGGUCACAGUACACGCAAGUCCCUGGAAUUCCUGCGCCAGCCCGCAAUGCCUCUGCAGGUCAACCUGAUGGCAGAGCCUGCUCCUUCCUCGCCGCUCCUGGCUUGCACCCUGUGCGCCCCCAAAUGCCUUACUGACCGGAAUGCCCAAAAGGCGUCGUCUUCUCUUGGAUCCUGAACAGAUCACCAGCCACAGAGCCCAGUGGAAUUUCCCCAGGUCUUAUUAACACAAAGAGGGCUUUGUGCGCCUCAGAUUCCCCUUGGGGAAAAUAAUUCUGCUGUGAAAAUGAAAAGUUAAAAGGAGAGAAAAUACUGGAAAACUAUUUUUCUCUCCUAUUUAUUUACCUUGCUGACUGCCAACGUGAGCAUCAGGAGGAGAUGUGAUGACAGCUCUGGAGGCCCCGGAUCUCUCUCCCUGGAGGCCAAGCUGUGCCAUGGAAGCAGUCGGGGAACCUCCGUUCUCUUGGCAGAGGCCUGGCUUGAGAGCACAGAUUCCUGUGUCUCCUGGGUGCUCCUAAUGAUACUGCCGUGUGGGGGCUGAAGAAAAGUCCUGCCUCCCCCCAACCCCACUCUCCCUUUGUGCAACCAGCCUGAUUUCUCUGUUCAGUCUGGUCAUAAUGGGCAGUUGCCAUAUCAGAUGAGGAUAAAACAGGCUCACAAUGGGGCACUGAAACUUGCAGGGAGAUGAUACUUCUAAAAAUGCAUACAUGCGUGUGUGUGUGUGUGUGUGUGUGUGUGUGUGUGUGUGUUAUGAGGCCAAGGACGUGCAGGACACUGCUCAACACCUACGUCUGCAGCAUCCUUCCUGAUCCGCACCACUCUGUGUGUGUGUGUGUGUGUGUGUGUGUGUUGUAUGCACUGAUAGGGCGGGGGAAGGGGGAGGGAGUCCUGAAAUAAAGCAAACCUUAGAGAAGCGCAUUCUGUCCUGCCUCCUGCUCCAGCUGCCUGGCAGAGCCUGAGCCUCACUGCUUUCAGGGUCACCAGCCUACAUGGACAAGCAGGAGAGGUCAGGACAGGUGGGGGGGGGAGGCUUGGUGCACAGGCCCAGAGGAGGCUCAACCUCUGCUCCACCUGCCCUUCUCCUGGUCCCUCUGCUGCUGUUUGCAUGUACUUGGUGGGUGGGGCAAAGGAUGAGGCUAGAGAGGCAGAGGGAACAGAUUGGGGUGCAUCAGAGAAGAAUGGCUCUACACCCCAGGCCCUGGAGGGGACACCUUUUUUAUCUCUUGUCUGGCACUGGCAUUAAGACUUUCUCUUAAAAGAAAAUCUCUCAUCUCUGAAAUAUGUUUGUUUUGUGAAAUGAAUUAGAAAUGAAUUUAGAAAUCUGUGGGAUCAGUCCUUGCUGAGCGGACGUCAGGAAAAAGGAAAUAAUAUGUGUAGUUUGUCUUAAUAAAAUUUGACUCUAUAUCACUCUACUU